AUGCUUGUGGUGCGAAGUGGAGCCACACCCACAUUUAAGAAAUCAUUUGGAGUUGCAACCCAUCCAGGUUAUGCCCAGCCUCAACCCCAGCCAACCUAUGUGACACAAGCUCAACCAGUCUAUGUUGCUGCUCAUCCAGCUCCAGCUCCACCACCACAGAGGCCAAUUGUUGUACAAGUCCAACAUCCAGCUCCAGCACCUCCACCACCCAGGCAAGUAGUUGUGCAACAUCCGGCACCAGCUCCUCCACCACCAAGACAAGUUGUUGUCCAGCCAGUUAUCUAUAGACCCGUGGUGCAACAUCCAGCUCCAGCACCACCCCCACCACCCAGACAGGUUGUCGUCCAACCUGUAAUUGUGAAACCUGUUGUUCAACAUCCAGCACCACCACCCAGACAGGUUGUUGUUCAUCCCCAACCCCAACCGCAACCAUAUAAGGUUAAGCCCAUUGUUGUAAAGCCCAUUAUCGUCAAACCCGUUAUUGUGAAGCCACCAAAGAAGCACCACUAG